UGGCUCAAGAGCCAGGUCACGAAUGGAUGAAACCCUUUCGAAAAUUAAUAAAUCUUGAGAUUAGCUAUAUUAAGUGAGAAUCGUGAUAAUAAAUUUGUCGUUCAUAUAUACAGUUUCUCGACCGGUAUAACUCUUAUGAAUAAUAGUAGAAUUACUGAUAGGAAAUUUGUUAAUUAUUAUCAAGAAUAUUUAUGAAAUGAUAUACAUAUUUAAUGAAGCAAGUGCGCCGUUUUGUUUAUAGGUACAGUGGCCUCGGAGAAAUUGAUUCAAGUUCAGCGUUUUUAAACUGUGCCUACUUCGUAUACAAGAUAUGGAUGCUGAUAGCUAUGUACAUCUUCGCAAUCACUCUGUUCCUGGAUAUUUAUGUGAACCGGGACAACUUACCGAUCAGCACCGACGAUGGCUGUAUUUUUGCAGGAAUUUUCGUUGUUAUAUAUAAGGCGAUGAAUUUGCAAUUUCGUCAGAAAGGAAUAACCAAACUAUUGGACGAAACGUUAAAAUGUACCGACGAUCUCUGCGAAUUUUCCGAAGUCGAAUAUAUCAAGGAAAUUAUCGAAAAGCAUCAAGUACAAAGUAAAAUGAUAUUCUAUGGGUUUACCGCGUUAGGAUCUAUAUUAGGAACCGCUUUGUUAUUUUUCUCACCGAUGGAGGACGGUUUGUUGAUCAGAGCAAAGUAUCCUUUCAAUACUACGAUAUCACCUUGGCACGAGAUAAGUUUGGUUAUAGAAACGUGCGCUGUUUUCGGCGGUUUAUUGGGAAUAAUUGGAAUAGACAGUUUUGUGGUUAUGAUCUGCACCUUGCUUACUGUAUUAUUCGAUAUGUUGAAUGUAAAUUUUGAAAAUUGUGGAAUCGAAACGAAGGAGCAUCGCGGGUUAAUUUUCAUUUAUAACGUGUCAAAUCUUCAUUGUAUCGUGAACUUGUCUUUACAGACGGUCGAGAGUUAUGACGAACGCAUUCACGCGAAUAUUCGUUUCAAUAGAAAGAAACUGAACAAUAGAUUUCUCUACCGGUAUAAGACGUGCUUUCAAUUUUAUCAGCGGUUAGUGUGUAUGACCAACGAUUACAACAAACUUUUCAACUUGAGUAUGUUCAUUCAGAUGCUUUCGAGUACUUCGAUUAUUUGCCUGAGUGGUUUCCAGGCUGUCGUGGUCGGAGGGCAAAGCUCAGACGUCAUGAAGUUCGGGAUUUAUCUGAGCGCAGCCAUAUCUCAACUCUUGUACAUCUGUUGGAUUGGAAACGAGCUGAACUAUGCGAGCUGGACGCUUGACAGAAGCCAGUGGCUCUCAGGCUGGAAUAACGAACGUUUAACCAAUAUCGUGAAAAUGUUCACGUUGUCCACGAUGUUCACCAGACGGUCGAUAACUUUAAAAGCCAGUGUAUUUUACGUGUUGUCUCUGGAAACUUUCAUUACAGUACGUAGACGUCGACAAAGUUAGGAUAAUACACCUUUGUAUUACAAUACCAGUAUUUUCUUCAACAUUCUUAUUGCAGAUCAUAAGGAGAUCUUAUUCAAUUUAUACUUUAUUGAACAACAUGCAAGUAACGGAUCAUUAACUCUGUAAUUCUAUGUUUACCAUAUUGCACAAUCUGUAAGGCGAUUUUUUAACCAAUAAGGUUACGGAUAUAAAGACGAGGUAUGUAUCAUAUUAUGCGAUCUUGCUUGGACAAAAACAAUAUACGAGACUGACCUGAUACGUUGGUGUACCUGUGUGGCUAAAAAGCAAGAAUAGAUAUCCUAUUUUUGGAAAUUUCAUAAUCGUUAAAGUUCUUGGCAACCUGUUCUCUCGUCACGCUUACGGCGAUCCCCUGUAGCUUCAGGCCAGCAACCUUGCAAAUUAUGGUCGACGGAACUCUCCUCUCGUACAUCGCGAAUUUACCGAUUCGUUCUAUUUAUGCUCGGUAAUAUGCGUUCAAUGGUAAUCGGGA